UCAUUCACCUUCUUCUCAUCCAAGGCGUCUUCAGGCAACAUUAACAUUGUGCGAAGAUAGCGCUGUAGAAUCGUAGCAUAUAGUUGUAGAGCCGUUGAUUGUAGUCCCCGUGGUUUCACGACGAGGAGUUGCUUCUAAAUUGAACCGGUAUUCUUUUUAAAACACGAACUGCUCCAAAACCAAAGUCAUUUCCCAGAAUAUUAUCAAGAAAAUGGAGGACCUUAUCGAAUCGAUCCAGGAAACCCCGAGGCCGAAAAAAACGUUCCAAGCCCUCACCAAACUCCUUGCCGGCACCGUGAACAACGAUAGUAUCAUCAAAAACAAAACCUGGCUCAACGAGAUCCCAGUCCCGGGCCACGCUUUGCUGCUGUCUCUGAAAUUCCGGAAGGAUGAGGGGAUUUGGAUCUAUUCGGAGAAUGACACGGCGGCUUUGCAAGAGGCGAAUGAGCUCAUCGAGUGUAUUCUGCUCUCCAUGGACGAUGAUGCGGAGGAUGAACCGAUGAAAUCCGCGAGAGGGGACAACGCAAAUAUGAAAGUGCACAAUUGCCGCCCAUUUGUAAUGCAAAACUCAAAAAAAUCCAGUUGGUGCCUUGUGGCAUUAUUUGCAUAUACAAAAUCCGGAAGCCGCAACAGUACUAACACUCAGUACUCUCGGCGUGUGAACUUGUCAUGCACAGGCUCCACGUGUGUUGGUGGUUGUGAUGCUGUUCAUCUUCAUGCCAUAGGCAUAGCACCGAUGAGGACCAUGAGGGGGUGGAGUUCUGCACUCUCAUAGCAAAUACAAACACAACAGGAGGAGGAUCAGCAAGCAGUAGUGGCGCCAAUGGUGGAACAGUAUCCUGUGCAAAAGUAUCGUACUCGUAUUACAGUCAUGCAUUACAAAUGCUUUGCUCAAGGUGAAUUCUCAUUACAGAUUUUAUUUCUCAUGCGGAGGGAAUUUGUCAUGCAUUUAUACGAGUACGAUACUUUUGCAAUGCAUAAACAGGAACAGCGAACAACGAUUUAGACGUUUCCAUGUCCCACAAUGAGGAGGACGAAGAGCUGAUCGCCGCGCUCGCCAUGUCGAUGGGAGAGGGGGACGGACAGGUACAUAAAAAGCAGAAAACAACUACUGGGGAAAGAAACGGCGAAGAUGACGCGGACGACGAUCCGAUGGGGUUGAAAGACCGGCAGGACGUGGAAUUUGUGCGGUUCACGGACGAGAACAUCGUGAUAGACCCGAAGCUAUGCAUUGCACAUCCAAAUGUGUAUGGGUCUGGAUUUGUGAUGCGGGACUUUAAGGACGACAAGAUGUGUAAUGCAGGAAUGCGAUUGGUCAGUUUUCUUGUCGUGCUGGAUGGCAGUUUGUAAUGCUACAUGCGAAUGAAUCCGCAAAGAGCUGAGGUAAACCUCUCAUGCUGUUGUGCCGUAUCGAAGCAGCCAGUCUGUAAUGCAGGUAUCUAUCAGCCACAGCAACACAAGUUGCCAGACCCAGACAUAUUUGCGAUGCAUAAACGCAAGUCGACGAGGUGAACGCGAUCCAGGCCCAGCUCGGGGAGCCCUAUAUGCAUUGCAAAAGUAUGGUACUCGUAUAAAUGCAUAUACAAAUUUCCUCAGCAUGAGAAAUAAAAUUUCUAGUGCGGAUUUAGCUUCAGAAAAAAAUUUGCAAUGCAUGACUGCAAUACAACGACUACGAGUGCGAUACUUUUGCACAGGAUGCCCUACAUCGACUACCAAUUCGUAGCCUCCGACAAAAUUCUCUACGCAGACCCCGAAGACGGGAAAACCUGGGAGUGCUUCAACUGCCACAAACGAAACCCGCUGCCGCCGCUGUUUAAAAAACCAGCAACGUAUGCAGUCCAAAUGUGUCUGGGUCUAGAAACCUGUGAUGCUGAAUUGCGCAUGACUGCAAGAACGCUUGCAAUGGCAGCCAAGCAUGACAAACUUUCGAAACGCUUUCUGCUGCGUCGUGACGCGCAUGACAAAUCGCCUUUUUGCAUAACAAGGAAAGCCGCUCAUUUGCUGCUCAUGCAACACAGAUUUUCCAGGAAUGCAAGAUACGCAUUAGAUAGAAGUUCGCGUCCAGACCCAGAAAUAUUUGCAAUGCAUACCACGCAGCAGGAGGCGAUAAGUCUCCAAGCGAAGCUGGACAGCAUCCUGUGCGGGUAUCCUGUGCAAAAGUAUCGUACAACUCGUAGUAAUCGCUGUCAUGCAUUACAAAUAUUUUUCUGAAGACAAAUCCGCAUUACAAAUUUCAUUUCUAAUGCUGAGGACAUUUGUAAUGCAGUUUAUACUAAUACGAUACUUUUGCAAUGCAUAGCGGGCACUGCCGAGCGAAGCCGACGAAUGUUUCCGUAACGAAGUUCCACUUCCGCCCGAGCGCGUGGCUGCGACCGUGUUUAUGCAUUGCAAAAGUAAGAGUAACGUGCUAGCUGCAUAAAGCGCAUGACAAACUUCUUCAAAAGAAGAGCCUUGAAUUUGUCUUGCAAAUUAAGGUAAAAAAAGUAGAUCUGUCAUGCAAGAAUAGCAUUCAAUAUCCGAGUACAAUACUUUUGCACAGGAUAAUGCUCGAGCAGCAGCGACCCAAUCACGGACAUGCUGUAUCCGACCAUCACCGACAACUCGCUGAAGUCCCGACUUUGCGCCGGCUUCCUCCGCGACGAGCACGGGAACACGUUAGGGCAGCCGUGGAAGGUGAUACGCGAAGAAGCCCGAGCGGAGGACGUCGUGCAGGGUGCGAUAGGAAACUGCUGGUUCGCUGGAGCCUUGUCCGUCGUCGCUCUGAAACCAUAUUUGGUCGAGAAACUUUUUUUCAACAAAAAAGACCACAACAAGCACGGCGCCUACUUGGUGCAACUCUGCUUCGCCUAUGCAAUACAAAUUUCCCCUACAUGUACAACAUGCAUCACAAAUUUCACCAAUUUGGACCGUAAAACGUGUCAUGCUAAACUAGGAUCGAAGCCAAGUUUUGUCAUGCAGGGACCGCAUUUGUACAUGUACGGGAAAUUUCUUGUGGAUAUCGCCGGGCAGUGGCGGGGCAUUUUGCUGGACGACCUCUUCCCGUGCAGCAAAGUGUGGGAUGGGAAAAUUGACGGUGGGAGCAUUUACUUCGCACAGGGCGGGGAGUUGAGCUACUUGCAGUCACGGAGGAGACAGUUGUGGGUCCCGUUAAUUGAAAAAGCCGCGGCGAAGCUCUUUGGCUGCUACUCGGCGCUGAAUAGCGGCACGUUCGGAGAAGCGCUGGGGCUGCUGACAGGGUAUAGACAUUUUUCUUGUGUGCUUUCUUUUAUCAUGCGACGUGUCAUACUGUAGAUUGUUUUGUGAUGCAUAGAACCCACAGGGACAGGAGGUCAGAAGCGUUAGGCUUUUAAUACCUAUGCAAAAAAUACAAUUACAGCUACCCCGUCGAGACAAUGCGUUUGUACGAGCCGAAAUCGGUCAAGGAAGCCAGGGCGAAGAGAAGAACCCAGAUUCAGCAACUGAAAAUGGCAGCUUUAUUCCGGGGGGAGCAACCCCCGGAGGACGAUCAGGACGAAGUUGACGCUUUGGACGAUAAUCUUCAGAACGACGUGAUGUGGACCCGAUUAUGCAUCGCAAAAUUUUUAUUGCUUUGCGCCACUUGUAUUGAUAGCAUGACAAUUUUGUGCAAUGAUGUGAAAGAGAGGAUUUUUGAUGCUAAAGUCGAAGUGGACUACACACAUUGCAGCAAUCUGUCAUGCAAUAUGAUAUCAAUAUGCGAGUUGGACGAUACUUUUGCGGCCCAUACCGGUUGCUCUCCUACUACGAAGCGGGGUAUAUCAUGGGCUUAGCCUGCAGCCACGAGGCGGUGGAAAAAUCGAGGGAAGAAGUCGUGCUCCAGGGGUUACAAUCCCCUCACGCGUACGGAGUGUUGGAAGUCCGGGAAUUGAACCACGACAACCAAACCUUCCGGCUGAUCAAAAUCCGGAAUCCGUGGGGGGAACGGGCGCCGCAAACCUGGUAUCGUACGGAAAAAUCCCCCCUCCCUAUAUCGAAAAUAAACCACGCCUCAGAGAAUUUGUGAUGCUGAUUUGUGGCCACAAAUCGCGUCUGUCUUGCAAGAAAGCAACGGCAUAGGCUCCGCCCCAUUAACAUUAUGCAGGGGAUCUGUAAUGCUGUUGGGCCUACAGGAUCGACGUUCCUCAUGCUAAGCGCCUAGGCCAAAACCUCUCUACAUUGGCAUGGUAUGGGCCUGCAGUCCUCCACUCCAAGACAAAUCUGAUUUGUGUACACAAGUCCAGCAUCACAGAUCUGCUUUUCGAUAUGGGCAGGGGGGAUUUUUCCUUUUGAUACCUGGAAGGGAGAUUUCGGUAGCGAGUGGAUGGACAAACAGCCGUUUCUAUCAAAGUGAAAUAACCCCUUACCCCAUUUUCAAAAGACAAUUUGCGUUGCUGGAUUUGUGUACACAAAUGAACCUUGUAUUGCAGCAAGAGCUUGUUGCCGGAAUACGGAUAUUCUAAGCCUAUUUGGGUACUACGCAUCCGGCUAGCAGCUGCGCAUGAGAAACGAAUCUGCCAUACGCGAAAGCGCAUGACAGACUGGCUGCACGACAAUGCGCCACAUGGGAGGCGCCAUUUGCCUUGUACACAAGACAAAGCUGAUUUGUGGUCACAAGUCAGCAUCACAAAUUUCCUUUUCGGUAUGGGGCGGGGAGAUUUUUCCUCACAAUAGUUCCAACUGAAAUUCGAGCUCGGGAUUGUGAACACCUCGAACGUGAAGAUGCAUGACGACAUGAGCAUUUUCUGGAUGAAAUUCGAAGACUUGCGGAAAUACUUCGGAUAUCCUGUGCAAUAGUAUCGUCCUCGUAUUGCAAUCAUGCAUUACAAAUCUUGUUCAUGUUCUGAAGAGAAAUCAGCAUUACAGAUUUUAUUUCUCGUGCUGAGGAGAUUUGUAAUGCAAUUAUACGAGUACGAUACUUUUGCAGUUCAUAUCGGACAGGUGGAAGUCUGUCGCGUCCACCCGAGCUACUGGCUACGAACGGAUGAGCGGGUUUGGCUCACUUCCAGCGCGGGCGGUUAUUCUGAGCAAAAGCGUCCUCACGACCCUAGAAAGAGUCAAUGAUUGCGAACUUAGCAACACAAAUCCAGAAGUUUUGGUAGUCGCGCAUGACAAGUUCCUCUCCGCAUUGUAGUGCAAUUUAACAAGCGCAGCCGCAUCGCAAAGCCGUCUUCCUAUCAUGUUUACAGCAUUACAAACGUUGCCAAAACACGACUGGAACAAAUGCCUCUCAUCAUGAUGGGGAUGCGCAUUGCAAAUUGACUCCUGUAAUUGCAAGUCUGCAUGACAGCCUUGGGCUGGGAACGUUUUUGCUCAGAAUGGUGAUCCGGGCGAGGUUAUCGAGUUUGAUUUGUACCAAACAACAGAAAUCGACUUGUCGAUCUGGCAGGAGCGACACGUGAAACGGGAGGCGAGCAUCAACGCGAAAUCGACCAAUCAGGACAUCGGGUUUGUAGUGUUCCGGAAAAUGAAGGAUACCAAGGCGGACGGCAGUUUUCAUGAGAUCCUGCAGUUCGUCCAGCGGGCGAAACGGACGAGACAGGACCAGACCUCCAUCUACACGACACUGGAGGGCGGUUACACCUACCUCGUCGUGCCGCUGUCUUUUUCGUUAUUGAGGGAAGAAAACGCGUUCCCAAGACAGGGGAAUGUCGUGAUCCACUGCAAUAUCAAAUGCAAAUAUGUCUGGGUCUGGAAACUUGUUAUGCUGUUUGGCGAAUCAUGUGGGCGCCUUCAUUGACAGCCAAGCAUGACAAGUUUCGGAGUUGCUAUAAAUAGUGAUGCGUCUCUGCAUGACAAACUGCGUUUCUGCAUGACAGAGAAAUGUGGCAGGUUUUGGGCGGCGUGCAUGACAGAGUUGAGAGCCAUGCUAUCCGUGCAUCACAAACCUUGCAGUCUCCCAGACUCAGACAUAUUUGCAUUUGAUAUGCUACCACAAGAUUUCCGGGCCAAAGCUGCGGAAGCAGAAAUCCAGUUGGGAGCUGAUCAACCAGGCGAUUUGGGCAAUUCUGGAGGACGACAAUUCGGGCGGGAUCGGGGAAUCCAACGCGAAGAAAACCGCUUUGACGUGUCAGAUGACGCAGAUGCAGUACAAGGAUUUUCAAACGAUUUUUAUCCGCGACGGCGACGCGGGAUACAUCAUGGCGAUGGAAAAUAACAGUGACGACAAAGCCUGCGGCGUCCAGUACGACAUGACGGAAUCUCUCGGAAUAUCAACUGCAAAUAUGUCCUCUGGGUCCUCUGGAAGAUUGCAAGACUUGUCGUGCACAUUUUGCAUGACCCAUGUGAUCUGGAAUGCAGAACCUAGCAUGACAGAUCCUGUGAGGUCUCCAUCAUGCCAGCUCUGCAUGAGAAACUCCCUCGCAACUUGGUCGAAAGUGGACCACAGCUUUCGGUAAUCAUGCAACACAGAAUUUUGCAUGAUUCUGACCAGCCAUGCCCCGGCUGACGCCGGGGCGAGUGGCUGUUGUGGUGGGGCAGGACUAUUUGCGGAUCGGGCUACAGCGCCACAGCUUUGUUUGCGCACGGCGUCAAGGUAGGUCGAAGGAAAUACUGGCGCCGGUUUGCGCCAUCUCAACCCGCUGGGCCUACUGCGCGCUUCCCGCGCCUUCAGGCGCUAUGCGCAGGGAGCAGCUGCAGCGAAGCUUGGGGGCGAAACGAAGCCGGCUCGACAUAGAUGCCGAAGGAAGCAGAACGGAAGCCGCGCUGCCUUUUUUUGAUCACCCACCCGCCCCCUUUUAAUUUGCUUCCCGGCGGAAAUCGCUGGCGCCAGAGGGUAGCGCGAGAGGGUCGCGCGAGAGGCUGGCGCGAGAGGGUGGCGCGAGAGGGUAGCGCGAGAGGGUAGAGCGGGAGGGUAGCGCGAAAGGGUGCGGGUCAACGCCAUGAAAAGGCCCAAAGAAAAUCGACCGCGUGCCGGGGGGAUUCGGGUUGUUCUGACCCUCUCGCAGACCCUCUUUUUGACCUCUCCCGAGAGGUGUUGCUAAUAGUUCGGCUAUACUCACAGAUAGAGGUCUACAGAGGUGGCCGAGAGGUGGCCAGGAGGGUGCGCGAGAGGUUCGCCCUUAUUCGCGCAACCUCUCGGCACCUCUGUCCACCUCUCGCUUACCCUCUCGGGACCCUCUCGGCCACCUCCGUCCCCCAUAGGCGCGGCUUUAGGGCGAGCCCUUCGGCGGGCUAUACCCGCGCCACCUCUCGGCCACCCUCUCGAUUGACCUCCUGCACCACCUCUCCACCUCUGUCGACCUCUUUUUGACCUCUGUCGACCUCUUUUUGACCUCUCGGCCACCUCCCUUCGACCCUCUGUAGACCUCUUUUUUCGCAUGAAUAUAAUAGAUAGUAAUUUAGCAUGACAAGUUCCAUCCUUCCAGACUCAGAGGACAUAUGCGCAAUGCAUACUGAAUGUGCGGAUCCCGGGUCUCUGCAGUGACUUUUGACGUGAUCCCGCCGAAGCAAAUAUCCUGGGCAAAAGUGUCGUACUCGUAUUGCAAUCAUGCAUAUACAAAUCUUUUCCCUAAGGUAAAUCAGCAUUACAAAUUUUAUUUCUACUCAUGCUGUUGAGGAAAUUUGUAAUGCAUUUAUACGAGUACGAUACUUCUGCAAAGGAUAGCAGAAGCUGAUCAUCAACGUGGGAACGCAGUCUUCCAGAGCAGAUGUGAUCGACUACAUAUUGAUAGAAAAAACUGUAGUUCCACUGUAUUUAUUUUAAACUUGUGAUGCAUAGAUUGCAUUUGUGUUUGUCUUGCUACACAUGCAAGAGAUUGGGGUUUCUUGUUUCAACGUUGUUUCCUUACAGGAAGUAGCGCGCAUGGCAAAUUUUCUUUCUCUUUGAUGUCGUGUGUAAACAACUUGUAUAUGCAAACAAACUUGUUUUAGCGAUUGAAAAUCCUAUACAGUGAAGCGCUUUUUUCUCACGAUGGUACAGUCUCGGGAUGCAGUACGUCGACCCGGAGAUGGCCAUAGCGAUGCAGACAAUGCUGGAAGAUUUUCACAUUCUCACGGACUUAACCGCAUUCUCCGGCGGGAAGAAAACCGACAAAAGCUUACCGCCAGAGGAAAAUUUGUUGAAGCAGGCCGAACCGGAGGGGUUUUUCAACGGACACUUGGUCCGGUCGAAAUCGCAGCAAGAAAAGCUAGCCGCGAUGGAAGGUGGUGAACACGGAGGAGCUCCAGGUGGCGGUGGUGCACCUACUACUCUAACUUCUUCCGGGGCGGGAGCUUCUUCAACUACGAACAGUAGUGCUGGUGCGGGAGGAAACAUACAACCUUCCGUGUCUGCGCCUUCGCAAACGGGAGCCGCCUAUGAAUUGCAAAAGUAUCGUAUUCGUAUAAAUGCAUUUACAGAUUUCCUCAGCAUGAGAAAUGAACUUUGUAAUGCGGAUUUGCUUUCAGAAAAAAAUUUGUAAUGCAUGAUCGCAAUACGAGCACGAUACUUUUGCACAGGAUAUCGCCGGUUCGAUAGCAAAAGCAUCAAAUAAAGACAGCAUGGACGAGGAGGCGCUGUUGUAUCCACAAGAAACAAAGACCCAUCCCCAUCCAAUUUGUCAUGCCAAUCGUACAGCAAGUCUAGUGUUUGUCAUGCAAAAAAUGGAUGGGUAUAAUCUGUUUUUGUCUCAGGAUAUGUUACUUGAAGAGGCCAUGAAGAUGUCCGUGGAUCCGAAAGUGCAGCUGCAAACGAGGAUAAAGCAGCUGUUCAACGAGUUUUCCAUAUCCUAUGUAGAAACUUCGACUUCCCCACCCCAUGGUUGUAAUGCAAAUCUGCAUGCUGAAAAUGUUUCUCAUGCGGAGCCCCAUGACAGCCACUUUCUAAUGCUAUCUGGUAGUUUGUCGUGCUGGAAUCAGGAUGAGGUAGGCAAUUUGUCAUGCGGCUGCACUAGCUACCACAGGAUUUUACACUACGAACCCAAACUUGUCAUGCUCGACAGCCAAAACUUGGGGAUUUGUGUUGCAGAUCAUUUGACAACUUGACUAUGGGGUGGGGAUGUUUUUACUCGGGAUAUUCCACGGGGGAAAACGCGUUGCCACCGAACCAGGCCGCGGCGAAAGCCAUGCAGCAGGCGCAACAGGAAAUGAAGGAACGGGGAGGGUGAGGAAGAUGGGUUUAUUCAUUGUACAGCGGCGGUGAUCAAAUUUGUGGUGCUAGAAUACCAAUACCUGUGAAUGCUGUCCAAGCCUGUGAUGGGACGUUCACUCCUUCGAGUUUCACUGUAAAACUUGUUGUAGUUGAUGACUUUAGUAAAACAAAGGACUAGGACUAGGACAUACAAAGAUCCUACGAGAAGUCCUGAUGUGGGCUCCUUUGAGGGGAUCUGAGUCUUGUACAGCAUUUGAAUUUGAAACGACUUUUUGAAGCGACAGAUGAACGACCUCCAAUGGCACAGCCCGGGUCCACUUUUGUGGUUGAUGUCACACAUAGUACAAAACCUUUCUGACAAUCACAACCCAGAAACUGAAACCUAAAAAAUCUUCUAGAGCGGGCAGCUUUGUUGUCGUCGUGCACAGAGCUCUGCGGUAGAAAGUGAGCUUGCCGUUCAU